CAAAAUAAGUUUUAAAAAAGUGAUAUUGUUUAUGGUUAGUCGUAGUUGGUUGGACUUUGUAUUGUAACCUCAAGAAAAAUUUCAUAAUUCCAAUUUUGAAUUGAACUUUACUAUUUAAAAUGUUUACGCCGACAAGCAGGCAUUUGUUAUUUUCAACUCAGCUUCGUCGACUGCAAAGCACUUUGGUCAUCGCUGAGCACAACAAUGAAGUUCUAUCGCCAGUCACGCAGAAUGCUUUGACCGCCGCAAAGAAGAUCGGAGGCGACGUCUCGGUCCUUGUAGUGGGGACCAAAUGUGGACCAGCGGCUGAGUCAAUUGCAAAGGCCAGUGGUGUUUCAAAGGUCUUGGUGGCUGAAAGUGAUGACUUCAAGGGUUUCACUGCUGAGUCCCUGACCCCGCUUAUUCUGGCGACCCAGAAGCAGUUCAAAUUCACUCACAUUGUAGCACCUGCUACUGCUAUUGGUAAAUCUGUUUUACCGCGAGUAGCUGCCAAGCUUGAUGUCUCCCCCAUCACCGACAUCAUUGGUGUCAAGGAUGCCAACACCUUCAUCAGGACUAUUUAUGCAGGUAAUGCUAUCAUGACCUUGGAAGCCAAGGACCCAAUCAAGGUGAUCACGGUCCGUGGCACAGCCUUCCCCCCAGAGCCCCUGGAGGGAGGCUCCGCGGCUGUGGAGAAGGCUCCGGAAGGUUCCUACAAGUCUGACCUCGUGGAGUUUGUCUCCCAGGAGCUGUCCAAGUCUGACAGACCUGAGCUCACCAGUGCCAAGAAUAUUGUCUCUGGAGGUCGUGGUCUGAAGUCCGGAGACAACUUCAAGCUGCUGUAUGAUCUAGCUGACAAGCUCAACGCUGCCGUGGGAGCCUCCCGCGCCGCUGUGGACGCUGGCUUCGUGCCCAACGACCUGCAGAUUGGACAGACCGGCAAAAUUGUUGCUCCGGAUCUAUACAUAGCCGUGGGCAUCAGUGGGGCCAUCCAGCAUCUUGCUGGUAUGAAAGACUCCAAGACCAUUGUUGCUAUUAACAAGGACCCUGAAGCACCUAUUUUCCAGGUGGCUGACCACGGUUUAGUAGCUGACUUGUUCAAGGCGGUCCCAGAACUGACUUCCAAGCUUCCCUAAACAAACAUCAUCAGGUGUUCAUUAGUAAAGACCAAUUUAUAUUCAAUAACCGCGGAAGUUUAUGAAAUCAUGAAAUCAGAUUGAUUGUAAGAGAUCAAGUGUAAAUCAUAUUUUAGUAUAGGCAUAAUAUCUUUUGUUUUUUCUGUAAUCGUUAUUGAAAAAUAAAAUAUAUAUUUAUAAAGUA